AUGGAGCCCGCCUCACCACCAACCAACAUUAAGGCUUUGAAUCAAAACGGCAACCUCACUCAUUCCCGUCGUCAAGAUCUUCAAAACAGUAGCAGCCCAAAACCUGCAACACCUCAAAGCAAGCAGAGCAGUUCCAAACAACAAAACAAAAUGCUAUCAUCUGGUGGCUCAGCAUUGAAACAUUCCCCUUCAUCGUCGUCGGGAAGAAAGGUACCCAACGACAGCGAUCCUCCGACCUCUCCACCCCCAAUAAUUGUUGUAGGUGAAGAUCUCAAUCUUAGUACCUGCUCUGAUGCCGAUUCCGAAAAUACUACCAGCAAUCCUCUCCUUAAUCCUAACAAUCACAACCAUCAAGUUACCGAUACCAGCUCAACCACGAGUAGUAAUGAUGAAGAAAUUUCGUUCAAUUCACCAUUGUACGAGCAAGCACCACCAAUUAUUAACAUUUGUGGACAACCAGGCAUGCCCGGAUUUCAAAAUGGUGAUCUCAAUGAGGCAAGAUUUAGUGAUAUACAAGGCAUCAUGAUGCUUCCAAAGGACGAGUUUAUUGGAGAUUCCUCUUUCAUUGUUGCCGAGCAGCAUCAAAUACGACUGGUUAACAUGAAGCAAAUGAACGUGUCAACCUUCUACUCAACCCAACUUCAAACUCCACGAGGAAUGGCCAUUUACAAGGGAUCCAUUCUCGUUUGUGAUAGUCACCAGCACAAAAUUAAAAUGAUAUCAUUGGAUGGAAGAAGAAUGACCACAUUUGCUGGAACUGGACACCGCGGAUGCUCUAUUGGAAGAGUGAGUGAUGUCAUGUUCGACACCCCCACCGCCGUGUGUGUCGUUGGAGAAAACGUAUUUGUUGCAGAUACAGGAAAUCAUCGAAUUGUUCGCAUUAAUAAUGGAUUUGCUUCCAACGCUGCAGGAACUCCAAAAUCGCCAGGUUUUUUGGAUGGAAAAGUUCAAAAUACGCUUCUCAACUCUCCAACUGACAUUAUUGCCAAAGAUAACGUAUUAUAUGUGAACGAUUUUGGCAAUUUUCGUAUCAGACAAUUGUUUGCCAACUACAGUGAUAUGAGAACUGUUAUCGAGAGCACUGAAAAGCUUUACGCCAUGUCCGUGAACUCAGACGGAGAGCUUGUUUUGGGUACCCACAAUACCCUUUACAAGUAUAAUCAUGAAACCAAGGAAAGUUCCUCACUAUUAUGUGAAACACCUGAACCAAUCAAAAAGGUCAUAUGUGCUUCUAGAAAUAUGUACGUGGUUGCAUGUACAAACUCCAUUCAUGGUGUAGAAGAUCGAAAACCAAGCACCAACGUCAGUACUUCCAUGCUCGACCUCAAACAUUUAUCUAGGAAAUUGAAGGCUACUCAAAAUUUUUCAUUCAACGCCUCAAUACAAGAAAGUUGGAACAAUGAAAGCACCUUUCAAAAGCCAUCCUAUUUUGAGCUCAUUUAUUGCUAUGAGCAGGACUUGUUGGAAAUAUUCAGUUAUUACUGUAACAAUAUCACGCAUACAUUUAUGGACGUGAACGAAAUGACAAGCAAUCAAUUUUUGAAAUUGGCCAAAGAUUGCAAAAUUGUAGACAAAGUAUUCAACACGAAUGCUGUAUUUCUCAUUUAUGAAGAGUCCACAAAAUAUUCUCCAACAUUUAAGAUGAACUUUGACGACUUUUUAAAUGCUUUGGCUUUUAUGGCAAUUAGAAAGUAUUCAAAAAUUCAAAUUAACAACAUCUCUGAUAUGGCCAAACAUGAUGAAGAUGUUAAAGUCCUGUUAAGAAAACUGCUUUUCGAGCAUGUGCUACCAAAUUCUGGAAAGCUCAUUCAGGAUCCAACUCCAUCAGAAUUGUCUGACCCCUCGGUCACUUCAUUAUGGAGUGUUCAACAAGAUCAUCUCUACAAAAUCUUCAUGUACUAUACUCAGAAGAAGAGAUCUCACAAGGAAACAUUACAAUGGGUUCAUUAUAACAAGGGACUUCAUACUCUGAAUGUCGACGAGUUUUUCAUGUUUUGUUCUGACUUUGAAAUAUUCCCUCAAUUCUUUUCCAAGAUUCAACUGGCAAGCAUGUUUACCUCGUGCUGUAAAACUUCUCAGAACGAACAGAUUUCAGAACACGUUUCCAAGGAGGGCCGUUUAAUGACGUUUGUAGAAUUCUUGGAGUGUCUAGGUAGAAUUGCUCUUGCAAAGUAUAGUGAAUCCCCAUUGUGUGAAGUGUACAAAACUGCCCGUCAAAAGAUUGAAGGCCUACUGGAGCAUAUGCACUUAUCAGAGGGCAGAAAAUUUUUUGCCGCUCAACUAGGUAAUCGCUUGUUCAACAAUGUGGAAUCUCCAAUGAAGAAACAACUUGUACAACAAAUGAAACAGUCAUAUUUGGGACGUAAUCCUCAACGAGCCAAGCUUCAAUAUUCAGAUUUUUCAUUUGCCAAACAAAAACUUAAGGAAAAGGACUCGAUCGACAUUUCAUUGAGGAGAAUGGCUGAAGAACAAGAACAUUCAGAAACGAAAUGUAACGCUAAAGAUGUAGUGCUUUAUCUUGCCUCGAAAUCCGAUGAUGAGACAUCAUGGAAGUUCAUUACUUCAGGAGAAUUGACAUUAAGCUUCUCGAACGUUCUUUCGUUCAUUGACCAGGAAGGCAAUUGUUUGUUCAAAAUUCCCCUCUCUAGUGAAGGCCUUCCUGUGAUCGAAGAAAAAGAAUUGUUCCAUAUUUUCAGGGAUGGAAUACUUGUAGAUGAUCAGAGUAUUUAUGCCAUUCAAUUUAGCUCCAAAACAGUGUCAGAUAUGUUCGAGAAAGAAUAUGAAAAUUUGGUUCAAGAAGAAAAGAAGAAAGUUUUUGCCAAGUCCUCUCCCUUUAAAAACGUUUCACUGUUAUCCCCUAAUGUGAGCACCCCUAAGAAAUCUAAGGAUUUAUUGAAACCGCCUUCUACAUCAUCGUCGGGAGUUUUUAAUACUCCUAACAAGAGCGGAGGCGCUCAGAAGGGCAGCAAUUCCUCGCAACGCUCUCAACCUCGCUCACAAACACGGCCAGAAAAGAGUAGCCAUUGA